GGGGAGGGGGGAGUCACGAUGUCCGGCAGCCGCCAGGCUGGUCCCGGCGCUGCUGGGACAGGGCCCGGCUCCUCCGCGGCCUCCUCAGUCACUUCCGCCUCGUCGUCGUCCUCGUCGUCGUCGUCGCCGUCGCCCCCGUCCCUAACGGCGGUGGUGGCCGCGGCGGGGUCUAGCGGGGCCGCCGGCUCCGGGGGCCUCGGGGCCACCGUGCGGCCUCUGCUGGUGGCCGCCGCCGUGUCGGGCUCGGGCGGCGGAGGUGGCGGGGGCGGGGGCGGCGGGGCGCUGGCCGCGGGCCUCUCCCGGCUCGGGGGCUCGACCAGGCCCGGGAGCGCCGUCAACGGCGGCGGCGGCGGGGGCAGCUCGGGCAGCGGCAGCAGGAAGCGGCCUCUGCUCACCCCGCUCUGCAAUGGGCUCAUCAACUCGUACGAGGACAAAAGCAACGACUUCGUCUGCCCCAUCUGUUUUGAUAUGAUUGAAGAAGCAUACAUGACGAAGUGCGGCCACAGUUUCUGCUACAAAUGUAUCCAUCAGAGCCUGGAAGACAAUAACAGGUGUCCCAAGUGUAACUAUGUUGUGGAUAAUAUUGACCAUCUUUACCCUAACUUCUUAGUGAAUGAACUCAUUCUCAAACAGAAGCAAAGAUUUGAGGAAAAGAGGUUCAAGUUGGACCAUUCAGUGAGUAGCACCAAUGGCCACAGGUGGCAAAUAUUUCAAGAUUUAUUGGGAACUGAUCAAGAUAACCUUGAUUUACCCAAUGUCAACCUGAUGCUGGAACUACUUGUGCAAAAGAAAAAACAGCUGGAGGCAGAGUCACAUGCUGCCCAACUACAGAUCCUAAUGGAAUUCCUCAAGGUUGCAAGGAGAAAUAAAAGAGAGCAACUGGAACAGAUCCAAAAGGAGCUAAGUGUUCUGGAGGAGGAUAUUAAACGAGUGGAGGAAAUGAGUGGUUUGUACUCCCCUGUCAGUGAGGAUAGUAAAGUGCCUCAGUUUGAAGCUCCCUCUCCAUCACACAGUAGUAUUAUUGAUUCCACAGAAUACAGUCAACCUCCAGGUUUCAGUGGGAGCUCUCAGACAAAAAAGCAGCCUUGGUACAACAGCACACUAGCAUCACGACGGAAACGCCUCACUGCUCAUUUUGAGGAUUUAGAGCAGUGUUACUUUUCUACAAGGAUGUCUCGGGUCUCAGAUGACAGUAGAACUGCAAGCCAGUUGGAUGAGUUUCAAGAGUGCCUUUCUAAGUUCACUCGAUACAAUUCAGUUCGACCCUUGGCUACCUUGUCUUAUGCUAGUGACCUCUAUAAUGGUUCAAGCAUAGUCUCCAGUAUUGAAUUUGACCGGGAUUGUGACUAUUUUGCCAUUGCUGGGGUAACAAAGAAGAUCAAAGUAUAUGAAUAUGGGACAGUCAUACAGGAUGCAGUAGAUAUUCAUUACCCUGAAAAUGAAAUGACCUGCAAUUCCAAAAUCAGCUGUAUCAGCUGGAGUAGUUACCAUAAGAAUCUAUUGGCCAGCAGUGAUUAUGAAGGCACAGUCAUCCUAUGGGAUGGAUUCACAGGACAGAGGUCAAAGGUCUACCAGGAACAUGAGAAAAGAUGCUGGAGUGUUGACUUUAAUUUGAUGGACCCAAAACUUUUGGCUUCAGGUUCUGAUGAUGCAAAAGUGAAACUGUGGUCUACCAACCUGGACAAUUCAGUGGCGAGUAUUGAAGCCAAGGCAAAUGUGUGUUGUGUCAAAUUCAGCCCUUCUUCUAGGUACCAUUUGGCUUUUGGCUGUGCGGAUCACUGUGUCCAUUACUAUGAUCUUCGCAACACUAAACAGCCCAUCAUGGUGUUCAAAGGACAUCGAAAAGCAGUUUCCUAUGCAAAGUUUGUGAGUGGGGAGGAAAUUGUUUCUGCGUCAACUGAUAGUCAGCUGAAGUUGUGGAAUGUAGGGAAACCACACUGUUUGCGUUCCUUCAAGGGCCAUAUCAAUGAAAAGAAUUUUGUUGGAUUGGCUUCCAAUGGAGACUACAUAGCCUGUGGAAGUGAAAAUAAUUCCCUCUACUUAUACUACAAAGGUCUUUCAAAGACGUUGCUGACUUUUAAAUUCGAUACAGUCAAAAGUGUCUUAGACAAGGACCGGAAAGAGGAUGACACAAAUGAGUUUGUUAGUGCUGUUUGUUGGAGGGCACUGCCAGAUGGGGAGUCCAACGUGCUGAUUGCUGCUAACAGUCAGGGGACAAUUAAGGUGCUCGAGCUGGUAUGAAGGAUCAUCCCUCAAGAAAAGAUUGACUGGGUCCUGCUGAAACAUAUCUGCAGUUCACCACGAGAGAAGAAAGGAAACCUUCAAAUGAUGUCCCUCCCUGAAAUCAUCAUGGGGCUUUUUUUUGUUUGUUUUCAACUUUUUCUCCCUUUUUUUUCAUCCCUUUUCCCCAUCUACGGACUCUUUAGGACCUCUGAGACACUGGGAACACCCAGUGAGCUCUCCACCAUCAACGUAACUCCACAGACUCUGCUGCUGCUGCUGGUGGUGGUGUGGUUGUCUAAUUUUUAUGAUAGGGAAACAAAUUCUUUUAAAUAAAAACAAAUAACAAAAAAGAACAAAAGU